UUAUAUUACAGUCAAGAGUCAUGGGUCAUGAGUUGAUGAUGAUCCCCAUCCAUUGAAAAACAAACUAAAGCAUGCCCCAUCACUCAUUUUCUUGGUUAACAACAACAAUGUAUAAUUUACAAAAUAUUUAUAGAAAAUUUAUUAAAUGUUAUACUAGUGUUUUUUAGUUUGUUUAUUUUGGUGAAAAAAGAAAGCUUUUGCAUGUAUUUCAUCCCAGAAGAGCUAUAAAUCAAAGUAUUGACGGUGUAUGUUAGUAAGAAGAAUAUCGAAAGAUGAUUGUUCGUGUUCAUGUUAGUAGAGAUGUUGAUCAUCUCUCCUUUCCGCUUAACACAUUCGUUUAAGAAGGAAUUACAAUACCGAGAAUGAAGAAGAUCAUUAUAAGAUUAUGAAGAAGGAUAAUAUAUGAUAUAAAAAGGAUUCGUAAAUAGUCGAUCUAGCAAUUUACCCUAACUUGAUAUGGUGGCAUGUCUCUGUAUGUUUUUUUAAAUCAUACUUGAAGACUUAUCCCAUGGACCUCAACCACAAGAGGCAAGCUACUCUUACAAUUAAGCAUUUGGAAUCCUAUUCAUAUAUGGGGCGUACAAUUAAGCUCUAAAAAUGCUCACUUCUCUCUGUAUUAUAAAAGAUACUGCUGGCGAAAUUUUGUCGUUUUUUCCCCACCGUUUGUCUUAAUAAAAUUUUGUCGUGUAUAGUUACAUGUCACAAAACAACAUAAGCCAUCUGCUUACAGAGCGGCAACACACCUGGCAGACGCAUAAUGUAGUCAUGAAAAAACAAUGUGUAAUGUAUUCCACUUGUCACCUGAUUUGGAGUGAAAAUAAUUACUUAUAUUGAUUCUAAAUCCAAUUUCCUUUACUAGUACAUAACAUUAUAUACAACUUGUUGUCAAAAAGUUGUGGAGUAUCUUCCGUUACUAGUAUCCUAUCGCAUGUCGUUGGAAAGUUUUGUUUGUGUUAAUUUUACACAACAACAAAAUAGUAUGAUCAAGUGAAUAGAUGAUCGUAAAACAUGUUAACAAACACCCGACAAUUAAAUCAGACGAUCACGAAGAUAAUGCGUAUGUGAAAAAUAGUUAGAUCUUGUUCAUGAAUCGUUCUACAUUUACAUUCCCAAAAAACGAUAGGUGUGAAAAACAAACCUAGAAAACACUAAUCAACAUCGUUAAUCCGGAAUGGAUUUUGCUUCUUCUUUUCUUCGUCUUCUUCACCUUCUUUGUCUUGGACUGUGGAGCAUGGAGUUGACACCAUGAUAGCAAUAAAUUCAUUCAUCACUCUCUCUCUCUCUCUCUCUGGUAAUUACAACAAUGAAAGAUAAUUAUAAAUCUCCCCAACUGUCACUCUCCCUUUCCCUUCUCAUAUUUGAACCACCGCCACCUCCACCACCAGCACACCAUUUCUCAUUCUCUUCUUCUUCCCCCACCUCUCCAAUGGCGUGACUCAGUACUCAGUAGUAACUCCUCAACUACUCCAAAAUCCAAAAACCCCUCUCUCCGGCCACCGCCCCAGCAAAAUGCUUCUCUUCGUCUUCCUCCUCUUCUUCUUCCCUUCCUUCUCCUUUUCUCUGAACCAGGAAGGCCUUUAUCUCUACCAGCUCAAGCUCUCCCUCUCCGACCCAGACUCCAAUCUCGCCUCCUGGUCCGACCGCGAUGACAACCCUUGCUCCUGGCCCCGGGUCGGAUGCGACCCGACAACCCGCUCCGUCACCUCCGUCGACCUCUCCGACUCCAACCUCGCCGGCCCUUUCCCUUCCGUCCUCUGCCGCCUCCGCAACCUCACUUCCAUCUCCUUCUACAACAACUCCAUCAACGACACUCUGCCCCUCGACAUUUCCUCCUGCCGGUCCCUUACCCACCUCGAUCUCGCCCAGAAUCUCCUCACCGGCAAGCUCCCUGAAACCUUACCGGAAAUCCCCAAUCUCCAGUACCUCGACCUCACCGGUAACAACUUCUCCGGUUCGAUUCCGCCUUCCUACGGGAGGUUCCAGAAGCUCGAGGUUUUCUCCGUCGUGUAUAAUCUCCUCGACGGAAUCGUCCCACCCUUUUUGGGGAACGUUUCUACUCUGAAGAUGCUGAAUCUGUCAUACAACCCGUUUUCCCCAGGUCGGAUCCCGCCGGAGUUCGGGAACUUGACUGAUUUGGAGAUACUCUGGAUGACGGAAUGUAAUUUGGUCGGGGAAAUUCCUUCCUCUCUCGGCCGGUUGAAGAAGCUGACCGAUUUGGACCUGGCGAUUAAUGAUUUAGUCGGCGGGAUUCCGAAUUCGCUCGCCGGGUUGAGCGAUUUGGUACAGAUGGAGCUCUACAACAACUCGUUGAGUGGGGAGCUGCCGGCGGGGAUGGGAAAUAUGACGGCGCUGCGGCUCCUCGACGCUUCGAUGAACCGGCUGACCGGUUCGAUUCCGGAAGAUUUGUGUCGGUUGCCGUUGGAGAGUCUCAAUCUCUACGAGAACGGAUUCGAAGGUAACUUACCGGCGAGCAUUUCUUUUUCCCCAAAUUUGUACGAGCUCCGGCUGUUCGGCAACAAAUUAACCGGCGAUUUGCCUCAAAAUCUCGGGAAAAACUCGCCGUUGAGAUGGCUGGACCUGUCGAAUAAUCAGUUCACCGGCUCACUCCCGGCAACACUGUGCGAGAAAGGGGAGCUCGAAGAGCUAUUGGCGAUAUACAAUUCGCUGUCGGGUCAAAUCCCGGCGAGUUUGACCCAGUGCCGCAGCUUGACCCGAAUCCGAUUGGGCAACAACAAAUUAUCCGGCGAAAUACCCGCCGGGUUCUGGGGCCUGCCCCGAGUUUAUCUCGUCGAUCUCGUCAGCAACUCGUUCUCCGGUCAAAUCGCGAAGACCAUCGCCAGCGCAACGAAUUUGUCGAUGCUGAUUCUGGAUAAGAACGGGUUCAACGGUUCAAUCCCGGAGGAAAUCGGUUGGGUCGGGAGUCUGGUUGAGUUCUCCGCCAGUGAGAAUCGGUUCACUGGUCCGCUUCCCGGAAGCGUGAUGAAUCUGAAACAAUUGGGAACUUUGGAUCUCCACGACAAUCUUCUCUCCGGCGAGCUCCCAGCUGGGAUUGAUUCAUGGAAGAAGCUGAACGAGUUGAAUCUUGCCAGAAACCAGUUCUCCGGCGAUAUCCCGGACUCAAUAGGUAAGCUCUCUGUUCUCAACUAUCUCGAUUUGUCCGGCAACCAGCUCUCCGGCGAAAUCCCAUCCAAUCUCCAGAACUUGAAGCUCAACCAGCUCAAUUUCUCGAACAACAAGCUCUCCGGCGAGAUUCCGCCGCUCUACGCGAAAGAAAGUUACAAGAACAGUUUCUUAGGGAACCCCGGAUUAUGCGGCGACAUUGCCGGGUUGUGCCAGGGGAAACACGGCGGCGGGAGGAAAACCCAGGAUUACGCCUGGCUGCUCAGGUCUAUGUUCAUCCUCGCCGUAGUCGUCUUCCUCGUCGGAGUCGUCUGGUUCUACUUCAAGUACAGGAACAUCAAAUCUUCCCCCACCGGCGGCCGUUCAAUCGACAAAUCGAAAUGGACUCUAAUGUCGUUCCACAAGCUCGGAUUCAGCGAGUACGAGAUCCUCGACGCGCUCGACGACGACAACGUGAUUGGGAGCGGGUCUUCGGGUAGGGUCUACAAGGUUGUGCUCAGCAAUGGCGAGGCAGUUGCCGUGAAGAAGCUCUGGGGCGGUGGAGCCAAGAAGGGAAUUGUCGGUGAUGUGGAGAAAGGGGAGAGUGAUAACAAGGACGAUGAUGGGUUCGACGCGGAAGUGAAGACGUUGGGCAAGAUUCGGCAUAAGAACAUAGUGAAGUUAUGGUGCUGUUGCGUCACUAGAGACUGCAAACUUCUAGUUUACGAGUACAUGCCGAAUGGCAGCUUGGGGGACCUGCUGCACAGCAGCAAGCGAGGGUUGCUGGACUGGCCGACGAGGUUUAGGAUCAUCCUGGACGCGGCGGAGGGCAUUUCGUACUUGCAUCACGAUUGUGUGCCGCCGAUUGUUCACAGAGAUGUCAAGUCCAACAACAUUUUGCUCGAUAGUGAGUUCGGAGCCAGAGUGGCCGAUUUCGGAGUGGCCAAGGUUGUGGAUUCCCCCAUGGGCAAACCCAAGUCUAUGUCUGUCAUUGCAGGUUCCUGUGGCUACAUUGCUCCAGAGUAUGCUUACACAUUGAGGGUGAACGAGAAGAGCGACAUAUACAGCUUCGGGGUCGUGGUCCUAGAGCUGGUGACCGGGAGGCUACCUGUGGACCCCGAGUUCGGGGAGAAAGACCUGGCGAAGUGGGUACGAACCACGAUCGACCAGAAAGGGGUCGACCAAGUUCUGGACUCGAAACUGGAUUCGUGUUUCAGGGAGGAAAUAUGCAGAGUUCUCAACAUUGGGAUACUCUGCACGAGCCAUCUACCCAUCAACCGGCCCUCGAUGAGGAGGAUCGUGAAGCAGCUGCAGGAGAUCGGGGGAGAAGCUCAGUCGAAGACCGCGGGGAAGAAAGAUGGCAAGCUGACGCCGUACUACUACGAGGACGCCUCGGAUCAAGGGAGUGUAGCAUGAUUUUGGGAAGAGAUGAUUUACUGGGGGGGAGAGUUUGAUUGAGAGCCAUAGUUUUUUUUUUUUUUUUUUGCACUGUGGGUUUGGUUUGGGGGAAAGUGAGUGAUUCUAUGUGGGUGGAUUCUGUACAGUGGUGGUGAGUUGUAAUGUGGAAGUUUGAGUUCUACAGUGUUCAAGUUAAAAAAGAGUUGAGAUUCAAGAACCCACCAUGGCUGCAGAUUUUUUUCUUUUUACCCUAUUGGUGGUGGGAUACAGAAGGGUUAAUUUCUAGGUUGUAGCUUGUAAUGUAUGAUUUAUGUCAAAGAAAAUAUUGAUCUCUCUUUUGGCGUGAGCAAGUCGUAUCGCCUAACGAACGCUAGAAAAUGGAGCGGUAACGUAGAAGGACUAAGCCGACGUGUCGAAUUGUCGAUAGCUCGACUUGUCGAGACCAGCCAAUCUAGCGCGAGUAAGUCGCGCCUCCCCAGACAAUCCGACAGAGGAUCGGGCUCGUGGCGCUGUCACCGGGAAGUAACCGGAGAAGAGAGGAAGGUUGGAGGAUGCCAUGAGCAGCAGGGUGAAAUGAAAAUGAAAUAGCAAGUAGGUACUGUAGUACUGGUGUGUGGCCUGUGGUUGAGUCGGCUGCCUGCUGCUGGAAUUUAUUUACGCGGGGCAUGAGUGGGCCAUUGAGUCCAUUAAUGAGAGUGGGCCAGGGGGGGAACGGGCUGGUCCUGAAUAUCUUGGAACUUUUAAAGUGGGUGAAAGGGCCUUCUCUAGAUAGGCCCACGCUUGUCUCACUCUUCUCUGUUAGUUUACUCUUGGCCCAGAUGAAUCGGUUGCCAUCAACAUCGUAACUUCUAACAAUGACAACAUUCAUGAAUCUAAAAGGGUGUUAUUUGCUUAAGUGGCCUCCUUUCAAAAAAUCAAGGUAGUCUUUAUAGUUUAUACCCAUUCCGUUGUCUAUUUUCAUCUACACAUGGUUAUUUGUUGUUCGCAAUACGAGUUGACAAGUUAUUAUAAAUUAACGCAGUCAUUUUAAUUAUUAUUUACGUUUAUUAUUAUAACACUUGCUUGUCUGUGUUUUCCUAACAGCCAUGGUAGGUAUGAUUUCGAUAAAAAAAAAAUGGCAUCUCUGUUGUCAGUGCUCUUGUAUUGACAGCAUAGUGAAAUAGAUACAAUAAAUAUUAGACGUUAAAUUUAAUAUCAACAAACAAUGACGAAGAUAAAUAAGUGUUAAAUUUCAAUGAAUUCACUAGUCACUAGUAGGGCUGCUAAUGAACCAAACCGCUUAUGAACGGCUCGGUGUCCGACUCGAGGAAAACUCGUUCGACACUCGAUUCGUCUUAAUCGAGCCGGCUCGCGAACAAAAUCGUUAACUAAACGAGCCGAACUUGAGCCAUACCAUGUUCAGCUCGAAAGCUCGCGAACAAUCUCAUUUGAUGGUUUGGCAUAAAAAAAAGGAUUAGAAUUCAUGUAUUUUAUGUAUUGAAAUUGGGAUAAAUAUUGUGUUUUACUUUGAUAGACUUUGCUACAGGUUUGAAUGUAAUUUUGUGCUCAGUUCUAAGUCAAUUUUGAUCUAUCGUGGACAUUUUAUGAGCUGAACUCGAUUUUGGGCUCGUUAAACUUAUUUGACGAGUCGAGCUCGAGCUUUCAUUUUCAUAAACGAGCCGAGCUUGAGCUUGUAUAUUAAAGCUUGUGACAAACACGAGCCGAGCUCGAGCCUGGAAAUAUAUUAACGAGCCGAGCCCAAACUAUGACAAAGCUCGGCUCAGUUCGGCUCAUUAACAACCCUAGUCACUAGUGCAUGCCCAUUGAGUUUUUUUUUAUAUUCUUUUUACGGGGUUAAUGGAGUGAUUUAGGUUAGACUUUUUUGACGGAAGUAUGACUACUCAACCAGUAGAUUCCAUAGGCUU